AUGAUGUUGGUGCCGGCUGAUAUGUUGGCGGCCCAGUCCAAGAUGCUGUACCAAAUAAACAAAUACUACGGGGAGAGGGUGCAGUCGAGGAUGGCCACCAUCGCCAAAACCAUCCGCGAGGUGUGCAAGGUGGUGCAGGACGUCCUGAAAGAAGUCGAAGUGCAGGAACCGCGCUUCAUAUCUUCCUUAACCGAGUGCAACGGGAGGUACGAGGGACUGGAGGUCAUCUCCCCGGUGGAGUUCGAGGUUGUGCUGUACUUGAACCAGAUGGGUGUGUUCAAUUUCGUUGAUGACGGCACUUUGCCCGGUUGUGCGGUGUUGAAACUCAGCGACGGCAGGAAGAGGUCCAUGUCUUUGUGGGUUGAGUUUAUAACCGCCUCGGGGUAUUUAUCAGCCAGGAAGAUCAGGUCGAGGUUCCAGACCUUGGUAGCUCAAGCCUGUGAUAAAUGUUCGUACAGGGACUGUGUGAAGAUGAUAGCGGACACUACCGAAGUUAAGUUAAGGAUACGGGAGAGGUACAUAGUGCAGAUAACGCCGGCGUUCAAAUGCUCAGGGGUUUGGCCUAGGUCGGGAGCACACUGGCCUCUACCGCACAUUCCUUGGCCGCAUCCCAACUUAGUUGCGGAAGUGAAAACAGAAGGUUUUGAUUUGUUGAGUAAGGAAAGUGUCGCUGUUCAAGGCAAGCAAUCCGCUAUGGAGGGCGACGCUUGGGUGCUGUCUUUCCUCGAAGCGGAGAAUCGUCUUCUUCAAGGAGGUUGUAGGAAGAGGUGCCUCAGCAUUUUGAAAACACUAAGAGACCGACACCUUGAUCUGCCUGGCAAUCCAGUUAGCAGUUACCACUUGAAGACUCUUUUGCUGUAUGAGUGCGAAAAACAUCCCAGGGAAAGCGAAUGGGACGAGUCCUGCAUCGGAGACAGGAUCAACGGGAUUUUCCUGCAACUGAUCUCCUGCUUGCAGUGCAGGAGGUGUCCGCACUACUUCUUGCCCAAUUUGGACUUGUUCAAGGGCAAAUCUCCUAGUGCUUUGGAGAAUGCUGCGAAGCAAGUGUGGAGGUUGACCAGGGAGAUGUUAACCAACACCAGAUGCUUAGAAAAACUUUAGAAUUUGACUGAUUUAACUUAUUUUAUAACGUGAUAUUCUAAACGUUUAUUUGUUUCGCGUUUUGUAAUAAAUGUUCUCUUAUAUUGUUAUGAAUGUCGGUAACAGCAACGAAAAAUCUUGAAUGAUCUCAUGAACUCGCCCCCCAUAGUGAGAUGUAGGAGUACUUUAACCCGUUUUAGUGCCAUAAGUUCGCAAACGUGCCGAUUAUCUAUAGGCGCUCGUGAUUGAAUGUCGUUUUUUUCGCUGAAGAUUAUAAUAAAUUAUACCUAAUUAUAUUAGGAUUGUAUAUACCUACAUUCAAACCUGUACUGUGUAAAUAUAUAAAUUUUUAAUUUAAGUAGUCAUUUAUCUGU